AUGGAUCUACACCUCACACUGCUAUGGGUAUUGCUGUUGGACCUUGGUUUGGUCAGCAGGCAAGCUUCUACUGCAAAGAAAGCCAUGGUGCACCUCAGCCCUCAAUGGACCACUAUCUUUGAGGGGGAGAAAGUGAAUCUGACCUGUGAUGGAAGCGAUACCUCCAAACUGAGGAUAAGAUGGUUGCUCAACAAUGAACAACUAAAAUAUUCUACAAAGAGGAUUGAGACUAUGAGGCCUGGAGAGUAUAAAUGCCAGGACCAGCACUCAGCCCUCAGUGACCCUGUACAUCUGGUUGUUUCUCCUGAUAAUCUCCCAGCUAAGGCACAUCCCACUAGAAACAACUGGAAGGAGGAGGGGACAGGAAGGUGGGAAUUGAGUCUCAAGUGUCUCCUGGGGUCUCUUACAGAUCCGCUGAUCCUGCAGACUCCAUAUUCUGUAUUUGAAGGAGACACAUUGGUCCUCAGAUGCAGAACAAAGUAUGAUGCAAGAGUUAGAAAUAUGAAAUACUAUAAGGAUGGAAAGAUAUUAUCUUAUUUCCUUAAAAACUCUGUCUUUGUCAUCCCACAAGUUGGUUUAAGCCACAGUGCCCAAUAUCACUGCACAGCGACUACGACUACUGAUCUAUUGCAAAUAUUUCAGCCGGAAAUACGUUCAAGAAAGGUAGCGCUCCAAAUCCAAGAACUGUUUCCACCCCCUGAGCUGAAAGUCACAAGCUACCAGCCCAUAGAGGGGACCCCAAUAGCCCUGAGCUGUGACACCCAGCUCCCUCCACAAAAGUCAGACACCGAGCUGCACUUCACCUUCUUCAGAGAUGGCAGGACCAUCACAUCAGACUGGAUGAGGUCCCGGGUGCUUCAAAUCCCAGCCAUCUGGAGGGAAGACUCAGGGUCCUACUCGUGUGAGGCCAGAGCAGUGGCUCAGGACAUUCGGAAACAGAGCAAAGGCGUGAAGAUCAAUGUGAAAAGAAUCCCCAUCUCUGGCAUCAUCAUGAAGACUGAGCCCUCCAGGGGACAGGUGACCGAAGGAGAGAAGUUGGUCUUCAUCUGCUCAGUAACUCAGGGCACAGGGAACAUCACAUUCUCCUGGCACAGGGAGGGCAUUAAUGCAAGUUUAGGAAAGAAGACUAGAUAUUCUCUGGAGGAGAAGCUCAUACUCCCGGCUAUAAAUGAGAGUGAUGCAGGGAAGUAUUAUUGUACUGCUGACAACAACAUCAAUACCAUCAGCAGCCUGACAGUGAAAAUCACCGUGAAAAUUCCAGUGUCUCGACCCCUCUUUACCCUCAGUACACUCAGGACACAGGUUACUGUAGGGGAUGUUGUGCAGUUUCAAUGUAAAGCCCUCAGAGGUUCUCUUCCAAUUCAGUAUCAAUUUUAUCAUGAUGGUGAAAUCUUUGAGAACAAGAUAGAUCCUUCUGGAAGUGCAGCUUCUUUCAAUCUCUCCAUGAAAACUGGGCAUUCUGGGAAUUACUUCUGUAAAGCCAUCAACAGUUUCAGUGACCAGUGCAGUGAAAUUAAGAAACUCUCCGUCUCAGAACCUAUAAGAAGUCAAAGGAACAUAAUCAUUAUGGGAGUCGCCAUUGCCCUGAUUGUCAUCUUUAUCCUCACUGCUAUUGCUCUUGUGCUUUGCUUCAGACUUCAGAGAAAGUCAGAAGGAAACUCUGCCUCUGGCCCAUACAGGGCCUCUACAAUCUUGAACCCUCAAGAACCUGUCUACUCAAAUUCAUCUGCCCAAAUAGAACUGGUUCCAAUAUAUGGUAAUGUGAAUCCUACAGCUGAGGACAUAGUCUAUUCUGAGAUCUGGAGUACCCAGCAAGGAAAAGCAAUAAAUCCUACAGUUGGAGAUGUGGUUUAUUCUGAGGUCUGUUCCAAAGAGCAUGGGAAGGAAGCAAAAAACACAAAGAACCCUCCAGAGGACAAGGAUUCCUCAGUUAUCUACUCUAAGGUGAUAUAGACAAAAUGGCCUCGAGAUUCAGAGAAGGACAAGGCUACAGAGAGAAGUCAUGAAGAUGUUGCUGAAAGCUAAGAAAAUGCAAAGCUCUUCUGACCCCUCAGUGACUUCUGGACCUAGAACCAACAUGUUCUUCCAUAUAGUUACAUAAGGCAGUUCCUUCCUUAAGGUCAAAACUGUGCCUUGAGUGUCGACACUAGCUCAUUGGCAAAUAAUGUUUUCUUUAAAAACUUGAAGCCAU